AUGCGCCCGCCCGCCAGCCAGCCAUGCCAUGCUUGCAUCCCUCCCUCCAUCGCCGCCUCCAUCUCCAUCCGUCCUUUUGUCCCUCUUUCCUUCCUCCCCUCUACGACUCCUCUCCAGCUCCCUCCCCUACGCGCGCCGCGCCCCUCGCAGCCAUCGCCGCCGCCUUCGACGACAACUGAAGCGUCCUUCGUUUUCUCCUUUGCUCCUCUUCCUCUAACUAGCCCGACGCCCACCGUCGCCCGCUCGCUAUUGUUGCCCACCACCACCACAACUCCCACGUUCCAGCACCACCAGCAGCCCGGUCUCGAUCCGCCCGCUUCGCCUCCCCUCUGCGAGACAUUGAUCGACGCGUCUUCGACGACACACCAGGGUUUUCCCUUGGCGCCCCUCACCAACCAUUCUCCCAGCCCGUGA